AUGGAGUACAUCACCCGCGGGGUCUGUGGGCAGGAGGGAUGCCGUGAACGACGGUACUAUCUCGACAAUGGUCUGUGGUUUUGCCGGCGGGGUCACCAGCAGGAGGGUCGACAAGUUGAAGAAGACCCAGACGAUUUUGGGACACAAGGCAAGAGAAAUCGCGUGAAAAAGGCGGUCAUCGAAAAGGGCCAUAAGACAUAUCGCGGUCGACAUGCGUACAUUCUCUUUCUCCAAACCUACCAGUUAAUUCUCUGGAAACAGUGUUCUGCGCUGGUUCAGAACAAAGGUUUCCCCUCGCAGUUCGAGCAUGUCGUACGCGACCUCUGGGCUCUCCGAUUGCAGAAGUAUGAAGCAAAACUCAGAGAGGUAUCCGAGGAUGCCGACACGCUCGAGUUCUUUAGCUCGCAGCCUGCAGGCGAGCCGGAUGAUCAGCUCCACCUGUUGACCUCGGGAGGCAAACGUAUUCAAUGGCCCCGUCUGGUUGAUACAGUCGCGCUGUGUUAUCUAGGUGCUCUGUUGAUGAGACUGCCGAUCAGCGUGGGCGAUUUCCAUCGGAUGGUUAUGCGGGAAGAAGUGCCGUAUAUCCGAGUUAUCAAGUCUAUUCCCCGGGACAUAAGGGACAAGCUCCCCCAGGAGUAUCUGGCCUUGAUAGAGACAACGCGAUUGUUGAAAGCAGAGCAUCUGCACAAGGCGGUUUUCGAGCUGUUACUUCUAUAUAACCAAUGCUUCGACAUAGAAUUCCCGCCUCUGAAUGUCCCCGCGUUGUUGUACAACUACAUUAGGAGGCUCGCUCUCCCUGUCGAACUAUACCCCGCUGUCAAGCGACUACGAGACUUACUAGGCUUCACAUUCGAAUUUCCGACAAAGGUCAUCGGGAAGCGAAAGCCCCUCCACCUCCCAGAAGUCCAACUGGUGACAUUGAUCGUCAUCUCCACCAAACUACUCUUCCCGUUCGAUGAUAUCGAGAGAUACCCCGUGUCGGCAAAAGACCCUACCACGCAAGUUAUCGACUGGAAGACCUGGGCGCAGGCGCAGCGGCAGUUUGACAAUCGCGAGACCUCCGCCGGCAGGAUCGGGAAAGGAAACGAGAUCACGAUUAACGAACAGGACGUCUUCAGCUUGACCCCAGCGCAGCUGGACGAAUACAUGGACUGGUACGAGAAAAGCUGGCUGGACCCGAGUAAAGGUGAGAGCCGAAGAACAUCCGUGCAUUUCUAG